GAGACCAUUACCAUUGACAACGAGGCGAAGGAGCGGUGCCGGGAGAUCCUGUCGCCCUAUGCCGAGAGGCUACAAAAGGACGGCUUUGUCGUCAAGGGCAUCUGUCUCAUUGGCAACCCAAAGGAGGUCCUGGUGGCAAGCUCCAAUAUCAAGAAGCCCACCAUGAUCGUCAUGGGCACCCACGGCCGCGGCUCCGUCAAGAAGUUCCUGAUGGGCAGUGUUGCAGAGUAUGUCCUGCACCACAGCACUAUACCGGUGGUUGUC